AUGCUUCUACUUAGGUCAUGUCGGCUCCAGAGCCGGGUAUGCAUGGCGCCGUCGGCCAAGUUUGCCAGCAGCAUCGCGGCCUACAGCAGACAGAGGGGAUUCGCCAGUACAAGCGGUUCUAUCGAGACAGUUCCGCUCUCUUAUGACUUGCACGAGCCAGCCAAGCCCGUGGCGGACAAGCACACGUCCCCCAUACUCGUGAUGCACGGGCUUUUCGGUUCCAAGAAGAACAACCGAAGCAUUAGCAAGGCCCUUGCACGUGAUCUGGGACGGCACGUAUACACUUUGGACCUGCGAAACCACGGAGAAUCUCCUCAUACGCCCCGGCACGACUACUUGGCCAUGGCCGCCGAUGUAGCUGCCUUUAUGGAUGAGCACAAGAUCUCGUCGCCUACUCUUAUCGGCCACUCAAUGGGUGCCAAAACGGCCAUGGCUCUCGCCCUGCACUCGCCGUCGCUGAUAAGGGACGUCAUCCCCGUCGACAACGCCCCCGUCGACGCCGUGCUGGGGUCAGACUUUGCCAAGUACAUCCGCGCCAUGAAGGAGAUCGAUCGGGCCGGGGUGACGCGGCAGGCCGAGGCCGACAAGAUGCUUGCCGCGGCCGAGCCCUCGCUGCCCGUGCGCCAGUUCCUGCUCGGCAACCUGCACCGUCCGGACCCGGAAUCGCCCGUCCUGAGGUUCCGCGUCCCGCUCGACGUCAUCGCCCGGAACCUGGACCACAUGGGCGACUUCCCCUACAAGAACCCGGACGAGGUCAGGUUCGACGGCCGCGCCCUGUUCGUCAGGGGCACAAAGAGCAAGUACGUUGCCGACGAGGCCCUGCCGCUCGUCGGCCGCUUCUUCCCCCGCUUCGAGCUCGUCGACAUAGAUGCGGGCCACUGGGUCAUUUCGGAAAAGCCUGAGGAGUUUAGGCAAGCUGUCCUCCGCUUCCUCGACCCAAAGGAAUAA